GUUAAAAUUAAUUAGUUGUAUAUCACACUCAAAUGGAUUAUAUUGAAUACAAAGAUGCUAAAUUGUAAUUUGUUGGAAUUCGUAAACACUUUUUUCGAGAUAAACAAUAUUAUGUAACUGUGUUCUAAGAGUAUUUUACAAUUGGCAGUUCUAAAGAUACUUAGUCCCCAAAAUAUAAAAUCUACUUAAAACUUUCAACAAAGAUCAAUUGGAACUUGAAAAAGUUAAAAGAUGGAGUGAUUUUACUGUCCUUCGUUUUUCCGUACAAAAACAAAUUUAAGACUUUGUGUGCUGAUCCAUUAGAUUUGCUUCGAUUCAAAGACAUCUUAAAUUUAAAAGUUACUUACGAAGGUAUUGGGGAUAUUUAUAUACCCCUUUUACAGAUUGGAAAAGGCAGUUCAGCAAAAGUAUACAGCGCUUAAAAUGUUAUUAAUUCAAAAGUCUAUGCGAUAAAAGCUAUUGAGAAAUCGUUUUUAAAUUAAACCGAUAAAGGUUCAGGAUUAGAAGCCUAUAAUAUGGAAGUGUCAAUCCUUAAAAUUAUAUCUGCCUAUUCAUCCAACUUUCUGAUUUUAAGGGAGAUCUACGAAGGAGAUCAUACCUAUUACUUAGUGACCGAAUAUUUAGAGGGACAAAGUCUGAGCGAAGAAAUAGAAAGAGCAAAGGGUCUCCCUGAUAAGCGCUUACCAGUUCAAAACAUUAAAAUAAUAAUUGCGAAACUACUAUAAAGUGUUGCUUUAUUGCAUUCCCAUAAGAUAAUCCAUAGAGAUUUAAAACCUGACAACAUGAUGUUCGCCAAGAGGAAUGACUAUUUUACCCUGGUUCUAGUCGAUUUUGGAUUGGCUACAAUUGAAACUUUGGAUAAAUAUUUAUUUCCAAAAUGUGGAACUCCAGGCUACGUAGCUCCAGAAGUCUUAACUACUAAUGUGGGUAGCAAAUACACUACAAAGGUGGACGUCUUUAGUUGUGGGUGUAUAUUGUAUAAGCUUCUGACUGGAAGGAGCAUCUUCAAUGGCAACUCAUUUGAUGAAGUUUUGAGAGCUAAUAAAAAAUGUGAAAUUGAUUUAAAAUUGCCCAUGGAUCAUCAUUAUAUUACAGAGGAUUCAAUUAAUUUACUAAAUUAAUUGUUAAGGAAGGAUCCAAAGCUUAGAACAAGUGCUAGAAAGGCUCUUUAACAUCCUUUUUUUGAUUAAAUAAGUGAGUAUAGCACUUCACUCUAAGCAUCACUUCUGUCCACAAUAAAAUAACACAAUCUCAAUCUCCAAAUUUAAUGUGAUGAGAUAAUGUCACAGUAUAAUUUGGAUGAAGAGGUAAUUAAUUCUGAAAUCUUGGAUUAAGAAUUGCAUCAGAUUUAACUGCCAAAGUUAAAGAAGUGUAAUUAAAUGUGUGAGUUGCAAUCACCAUAAAAUGCGAUGUUUCAGUUUUUUUAGAAAGAACCACUUUCAAUAGUAAGGAGUAACAGAUUGGUUGAUUUGGCAAGUCCAAGGGGUGACUUUUUUGAAGGAAUCCUAGAAUGA